AUGUCAAUAGAAACACGCGGCGGAGUCCGGCGCCGUGAAACUCCAUCGCAGCAGAAGAAUCGACGGAAACCACCAGAUCGCCGCCGUGCAGAUUCUUUCUCCAAUCACCGGGAAUGCAAUGCGAUUUUCCGUUGGCUCUGUCAGGACGGAAGCAGGGGUAUUGCAUAUUACGUGGAUUUCCACGUGGAGAUUUGUAAGUGGUUGAGUUUAGUCGUGGCAGAAUCUGAUUGGUCUAGAGGACGCAAAACCUCUUCAUGUCGACAUCUUGAGACCUGGCGCAUUGGUCCUCAAACGCGAUCUGGAUCUGAAUCAAGGGAAAAACGAGUUCGAGCAUACUCAGAAGCCGAGCUUCAUGCAGCGCUUGGCAUUGUAGCGAAUGGUGUUGCCGGUGCGGAUCCAACGCAAUUGGUCGAGCGGAAGCUCUUGGUAGUCAACAGGUACAACUCGGAUAGCGCCCACAACAAGAGUUACACACCAAAAAACUUGUGUCGCUGCUACAUGAAGGGUAACGCUCCGCGAUGGGAAUCAAUACAUUGUGGUCUUCGCUCUGUGACGAAUCAUUAUUCCGCAUGA